AUGGAGCUGUGUGGCCCCAACGUGAGUGAGACUGGAGGCCCUCUUCCCUGCCACAGCGUCCCGCUCUGCCGCCUUCAAGCCGGCGGACGCCACGUCCACAACCUCCCCCACCUCCCCCACCAGCCGUGGGUCAACCAUCCGGCCCCGGCCGUGGCGUCCGGCCCGGCCGCGGCCGUGCGGCACAGGGGCAGCGGAGCCACGGCGGCGAGCCACAGCAGCGCCGGGUGUGCGGCCUCCAGGCUGGCGGAGGAGGCGGCCGUGGGUCAGGGGGCGUCCGGGGGGAAGGUGGUGGUGACCGGAGGCGGAGGAUACUUCGGCUUCAGGCUGGUCAGACAGCUGGCCAGCGAGGGGCUGCUGGUGGUUCUUCUGGACAUGAACAAACCUCCCUGUGAAAUUCCUGACGGAGCAAUCUUCUGUCAGGGUGACAUCCGGGAUUAUUCCUCCCUCUACAAAGUCUGUGAGGGUGCCGACUGUAUAUUCCACACGGCGUCGUACGGCAUGACCGGACCAGAACAGUUGAGGAAAGAGCAGGUGGAGUCCAUCAACGUUGGCGGGACCAAUAACGUCAUAAAUGUGUGUAAGGAGAGGAGCGUUCCCCGGCUGGUGUACACCAGCACCAUCAACGCGGUGUUCACAGGCCGACCCAUAGUGAACGGUGACGAGGCUUCAGUGCCGCUGGUGUCUCCCGAUGUGCACACGGACCACUACUCCAGAACCAAAGCCGCCGCAGAGCAGAUGGUGCUCGCCGCGAACGGAUGCUCCCUGAAAGACGGGGGUCUCCUGCGGACCUGCGUCCUGCGGCCGUGUGGAAUCUACGGCCCGGAGGAGAGGAGACACAUGCACAGAGUGAUGAUGAACGUGGAGCGUCGACUCUUCAGCUUCAGGUUCGGUGACCCUCAGGCCAGGAUGAACUGGGUACAUGUGAAUAACCUGGUGCUGGCCCACACGCUGGCAGCCGAAGCCCUGACGCCCAAGAAGAGCUGCGUCGCUAGCGGACAGGCCUAUUUCAUUAAUGACGGCAUUUCAGUCAAUUUGUUCGAGUGGCUGACACCUUUGUUUGAACAACUGGGCUUCAAGAGGCCGCUGCUGGGUCUGCCAGUGUCACUCGUCUACUCUGCAGCCAUCCUGGUGGAAUACCUGCACGUUAUCCUGAGACCCGUGAUAAAAGUGCCUCUGCUUUUGACAAGAAGCGAGGUCAAGAACAUCGCUGUGACCCACACCUUCAAAAUCGACAAGGCCCGUCGAGAGCUGGGUUACAAUCCCAACACCUACAGCCUGGCGGACUCCGUGGAGCUGUACCUGAAGUCCCGGGUGCCCCGCUCCAGGUCUUCUCUUCUGGACGUCUCAUGGACCUCCCAGCUGCUCCGCCACCGCGUCCUGCUGCUGCUGCUGGGCCUCAGCCUGAUGCUGCUCACCAUAUCCUGCGUAGUGAAUUUUUAA